ACUGACCACAUGGUGAGUCUGGCUUGCUCUGACAUUUUGGUGCUUCUCAUUGGCAUGCCGGUGGAGCUCUACAGCGCCAUCUGGUUCCCCUUCACGUCAGCGUCGGGCAACGCCUUCUGCAAGAUCUACAACUUCCUGUUUGAGGCUUGCAGCUAUGCCACCAUCCUCAACGUGGCCACGCUCAGCUUUGAGCGCUACAUCGCCACCUGUUACCCUUUUCGCUUUAAAACCUUGGGAGGAAAAUGGACCACCGGCCUAAUCACCUUCGCCUGGGUCGUGGCCCUGUUCGUGGCCCUGCCACUGCUGAUCACCAUGGGUACGCAGGGGCACAUCCCAGUCACGCGCAGCACCCCAGUCCAGAACCUGACCUUCUGCACCAACCUGAGGGAGCACUGGGUGAUGUACAGGAUCAGCAUCUUCUUUGCCUUCAUCGUGUACAUGAUCGUGCUGGUCUGCGUGGCUUUCAUGUGCCGAGCUAUGAUCCUGGUCCUGAAGAAGCCGAUGGGAUUCAUUGAAGGAAGCACCAGUGGAAAUCAAAGAGCAAUCCAUAAUGAAAAUUCAAAGGUCAAGUCAGCCAGGAAGCAGACCAUAGUUUUUCUUGUUCUCAUUGUUGGAUCCUUGAUGGUAUGCUGGCUUCCCAACCAGAUUCGCCGUCUUAUGAUGGCCGCUAUGCCCAAGUCCAACUGGACCAUUACCUACUUCCGGAGCUACGUCAUCCUCCACCCCGUGGCCGACACCUUCUUCUACCUCAGCUCUGUCCUCAACCCUUUCCUCUACAACCUCUCCUCGCGGCAGUUCAGGGACGUAUUCAUGCAGGUUCUGCGGUGUCACCUUACCAUCGCGCAUAAAAAUCAGUCCACCGUGCAGUUCAGGGCUGCCCCCAAGCAAUCCCUUCAACGCCCCCUGCUGCUGAAGUCACUGCGUCGAAAUAGGUCGAGUCGCACCACCGUCGCCAAAGAGGAAACGCCUUCAUCCUUUACGACAUUUCAGUCGCAAGAUGACUCGGGACUGGGCACGGAUACUCAGACGUCCAUCAUAGGGACUGAAGAGCAAAUCUUGGAGCUCAAGAAUAGAAAUGUACCAUCAGAGUCGGAAAUAUAGCCUGUUGUGCGAGUCAAUGGGAGAAACUGCUUUAUCCAUGGAUGCAGUAACAAGUAUUCAGGGUGUACACAAAAAACAUAGCACAGGGUGUCUCGAAAGGACAUUUACCUCCAGUGAUAAUGUUAAAAUAUAAUAUAGAAUAGCUUCAGUUAAAAUUAAAGGUGCAGACUGGAGGGUUUAAGGACUAAUCUGUGUUCUGCAUUCCAGAGAGGGGAAUUUUUUAUUAAUAUUUUGGCUCAGAUGAAACUGAAAGUCACAUUAUGAUCACCAACCUUCAAGAAGGGAAAAUGCAGUAAAAUAGCAAUGGAUUUUAACAUUGAUUAACCCUACCGUUAGCUAUGGCAGGCCAUGAUGUCAGCGCAAGGUCACAUCCAACUAUUAAUCUGAAAUAGUAUUUAGGGUAUUUAGCUUUAGCACAGUAGCUGCAAGCUGCUUUGCAAACCACAAUAAGCCUAGCUCUGCUUUUUAAUCUCUUGUAUGGUUCAAUUGAUGUUGCAUCUGGCUCUUAAUGCUGCUGUAUCCAUGUCAGGCUUUCCUUUUAUGUUCAAGAAGGGCAGGAGGUCCCAAAUCAGGGAGUAGUCAAAGUUGGAAUGUAUAAUAAAAAUUAAAAAUAGAAAUCUAGUGGUUACAAUUAGUAACUUAGAAAAAGUGUUUUGAUGCAAUGAUGUUGGGGUUCUAAUGGAGUUAAUAUUAACUUGCCAACACCUCACAGUCUCUGGCUAAUCUGGAAUAGCUGGACCUUGGUGUAGAUGGGCCCAGCUUUGAAGCCUGAAAAGCAAAGUCGACACAAAAACCUGCAUUCUUUUCAAUGGCCAGCAGGGGGCGACUAUAAUAUUUUGCUGAAUUUAUGACCUAGUUUUUGGUCAUACUGAGUAAAACAUUAAGUGCAUUUUAUAAAUAAUAAAUAAUAAUCAUUAUUAGCGUCAGAAAAGAGGAUAAAAGGAUUUUACAAACCAAAGGGUGAAGUGCCCUGUGGUUCCGUCCAUAGUUUUUAUACCAAAGGUGUAAGUUAAUUAGUCAAUCGAUGUUUAAGAUGAGUGAAGGGCCAGCAGCUGAAUUAAAUAUAAAGCACUUAGAGGUGAAUUCUGCAGCAGUGUUGAAUCAGAACAUUUGUGUGACUUGUUUCUACAUUUAUAUUUAAUGGUGAACUCUAACAGUAGACUAACACAUUCAGUUUAAACUUAAACAUCUUAAAACACCUAACCUCACGGGGGAGUCAGUUUAGACCUGGAGUAAUUUGGCAAAAUGAAGUAACUGAGUUCACGACCCAGCUCGAUUACAGAGAGGGAGUUCACACUCUGAGUUAAGUUGGGAAAUCUUUUGGUUUUUGUGCCGUAAAUGUAAGAAACUGUGAAACUUUAAUUGUGCUGACUCAGGAUUAAAUCUGGCUCCUAAUUAUUUCAUUUGUU